CGUUGACAUGUUAUUGAUAUAAAAAAUUGCUUACAAAUUUGCUUUCAGAAAGUAAAAUAAAGUUUUGUUAAAUUAUUCGCAAUGAUAAUAAAUAGAGAUUAAAAUUAUGCAUUUGCAUUAUUUCAUAUUAGUUCUCAUACAACUGUUUACUCUUUGUGUGGCUGAGAGCGACCCAUAUUCAAAAGAACCAUACCGCCCAUUGGGACCUUUGGUCAAAUGUAGUUUUUUACCUUUAGAAUUUCUCGACUGCGAUGAGCCUGUUGAUCAUAAAGGUAAUGAAACAGCGAAGAAAGCGGUGAAACAUGGAUGUGUUAAAUUCGGUGGCGUUAGAUACGAGGAUGUUGAGAAAACAAAAGUACAGUGCAAAGCCCUCGAUGGAAUCGAGUGUCAUGGAAGCAGAAGUUUUCUUCGUGACGGCUUUCCCUGUGUUAGAUACUCCGGUCACUACUUUACUACGACUUUAAUAUACAGUAUUCUGCUUGGUUUUCUUGGCAUGGACAGAUUUUGCCUGGGACAAACUGGUACAGCUGUAGGAAAACUGUUAACUUUAGGUGGUCUAGGCAUUUGGUGGAUUGUGGAUGUCGUGCUAUUAAUAACUAAUAAUUUACACCCUGAGGAUGGUAGUAAUUGGAAUCCUUAUGUUUAACAAAGCCCUAAAUGCUAUAUGA